AACGCAUGAACAAUCGAGAGGAAAGAUCCCAGCAUUUUUUCGAUUCGUCAGUACCACUAAUGGAUGACGGGGAGGAUAAUACACUUUAUGAUCGGGGUUUUACAGAUGACCAGUUAGUGCUUGUGGAGCAGAAUACACUGAUGGUGGAAGAGAGAGAGCGAGAGAUUCGCCAGAUUGUACAGUCCAUUUCUGACCUGAAUGAAAUAUUUAGGGACUUAGGAGCAAUGAUUGUGGAACAGGGCAUAGUCCUUGAUAGGACUGACUAUAAUGUUGAACAGUCCUGUAUCAAAACUGAAGAUGGCUUGAAACAGCUUCACAAGGCAGAACAGUAUCAAAAGAAGAAUCGGAAAAUGCUUGUAAUUCUAAUACUAUUUGUCAUCAUCAUUGUCCUCAUUGUCAUCCUCGUCUGUGUGAAGUCCUGCUAAGUGGCAUUGGGCUCUCGUGUGUGCGGCACAUGUGGGUUUCCUAGGCGUGAGAGGUUUGGCCUACGCCCCGCCAGCUGCCUACAGAUGUGCAGCCAUGAGGGACCCUCAGACAUCAGGGCAGAGGACCUUUCCACGGACCCUCUUCACAGCCGUGCUCAAGCAAGGAGAAUGGGUUUAUGUUUUUCCUUCAUGUUGAG